AUGAAUGUGCAGAGGAGUUCCAAAGAUGACUUGAAGAGAGAUUUAAGUAAGAGUAGAAGGGAGUAUCCACUGGGGAGAGAAAAGCAGGAUAUGGAUUCGUUGGCCCCGGAAGUGAAAUCCUCAACUCUUGUCGAAGGUUUGUCAAGGGGAAAAUCGGAAGGAGAGAGAGACCUGAAAAUCUUCCAGUCCACUAUAGAAAAAAUAAGAUUGACCAUCUUUGUCAUAUGCCAAACUCUCACAUUUUACAAGUAUCAGAAUGGAGAAAAGCAAGACACUGCUGACAGUGUAGUGGAGGCCAAAGAGGACUCAGAGUCAGACAGUGAGUUGGACAACUUUCAAGUGAGUUCAGAUGAAGAAGAAGCUCAAUAUGAUAGUGAGGACGAUGCUGAACUUAAAACCAGUGAGGUUGAUCAGAAAGCUGGCGAGUUUAUAGCCAAGUUUAGAGAGCAGAUUAAGCUUCAGAAAACUGCAUCAAUGGAAAGAUACCCUGAUUGGUAG